AUGGAAGGGCAGCAGAUGUGGCUGCAAAAAUGGUCCCCUGAUUUCAAGCCUGAAGAGGAACUGCAUAUUGCUCUGGUAUGGGUCCUUCUUCCUGGUUUACCUUUUCAUAUGCACACAUGGAACUAUGUUAAAUAUGUGGUGAGUGCAAUUGGUACUCCCCUUGAAAUGGAUUUGGCUAUUAGAGGAAGAACGAGGCCUAGCAUGGCUAAAGUCAGAGUUGAAAUAGACCUGCUUAAAGACCAGCCAAAUUCUGUCUAUGUUGGACAGACAUACGACAAUGCUCCUCAGAAAGGUUUUGUGCAAAAAUUAGAAUUCGAAGGCAUGCCUAAAUACUAUAAAUUUUAUCGAAAGAUGGGACACAAUAUGAUCAACUGUAGAGCUCUAGAAAGGAAGAAAGCUGUUGAAAACAGAGAAUUAGAAGCUCAAAAAACUGUGGCAAAUCAGAGUGAUGAAACAAAAGAAAAUGAAAUUGAUAACAAACAGAAUGCUUCUGAAUAUGGCAGUGCUAUAAAUAAUGAUCAGAAUAGUGACAAUAGGAUACAAAAUCAAGUGGAACAAAAGAGUGGUGAUGAACUGGAGAAUCACCAUCAAAAGCCUUCAAGCAAUAUCAAAGAUAGAUCCAGCAGAAAAGUUAAGAAGCGCAAACAGAAGAAAUUGCCCAAGAAGAAAUCUAAAGUUAUCUCCAAACCUAUGCUUAAUCUGUCUGAUGUCACAAACAGGGGUAAGAAGAACAACAAAGAAAUCACAGUGGAUCUUAAAAAUUUGAAUCAGGAAAGUGAUCAUGAAGAGGCUAAUAAUGAACAGAGGCAGUCGAGUAACAUUAGAAAGGGGGAUCACUUUGGGGAUGCCAAUAAUCAAGAUACUUCUGGUAAAAACCCAAGCAGUCAGGAUCACACUGGAACUUCCAAUAAUAGUGAAACUAAAGAAACUUAUCAGGAAUCGAUGCAAGAAAAUGAUGAUCAAAAUAAAAAUGGAGAUCAAGAGAAAAGACAAUAA